AUGUUCAGCUAUCCACCGUUUUCGCUUACGAAGCCCAUGUAUGACAUGGACACCUACAAGGGCCGCAUCCUGUACUUCUUUUCCUCUAUCAACCCGCUGCUCUGCUUCCAGACGGAGCGCCAACUGUUGCAGAAGCGGCUUCUUUUAGACCGCGUGGCUGCCGGGGAGAAGGUGAAUGUGGACGACAAGACCCUCUGGCGCGCACGCACCGCCAUUGAGAAUUGCGUGCACCCAACCACCGGCGAAACCCUUUUCCCGCUGUUCCGUUUCUGCGCAUUUCUCCCCAUGAACGCUUUUAUUGUCCCUUUUAUGAUGACGCCUGGUACGGUCAGCAGUGUCCCACGGACUAUCUUUAUUCAGUGGUUUAACCAGAGCUAUAACAGUGCGGUCAACUACGCCAAUCGUUCCUCCGACAAGCAGCCUCUUGGGGAACUUGCGAAGGCAUACCUUGCGGCGGUGGGUAUCUCCGUUUCUGGUGGACUGGGGGCAACAGCGCUGCUUAAGCGGGUGCCGAGUGGCACCAUUCAGGCGACGGCCAUCCGCGCGACUGUGCCGUUCUGCGCCGUGUCCGCCGCCGCCAUUGCGAACCUCUCGUUGAUGCGGAAGAACGAAUGGAUGUCGUCUGGCACCGGACUGAAGGUUGUGGACGAGGACGGCGAGGUGCGUGGGCAGAGUCUUGCCGCCGGCAUGGACAGUCUGAAGAAGUGCUCGGUGACGCGUGUCGUGUGGAACAUUCCCUCAAUGCUUCUCCCAACGCUUCUGAUGGCUCCGCUCACCACUCGCUACGCCUUUGCCAGGGGGUCUCCGCUCUGUACAGAGACGGCGUUGCAGAUUUUGGGUCUUGGCGUGGGCGUGCCAUUGGCACUCGGUGCGUUCAGCCCGAUAGUGAGCAUCCCCGCCACCCGUCUGGAGUCGUCGUUUCAGGGACUGAAGCGCAAGGACGGCUCCCCAGUGGCGAUGUACACAUACUACAAGGGUCUGUAA